CCACUGAUCAUUAAAACUUCAUGAACUUGGCAGCUGUACAGCACUGUUGUCCAGUGUACUAGGAUUAGAAUAGUGUUGCUAUGGAGGUAGAAGGUGAUGACACGGUGCACAAACCUUGGGAGACCGAGUAUGAGCGAAGUUGGGAGGUGCUCCAGGAGGACAGGGAGGGACGACUUCAUUCCACCCUGGAUGAAGAGCUCUACAAGGCAAAGAGGAGGAGGUUGUUUGAAAGGCCAAAUUCUGCUCGUCUAGGAAUGAUGAGGUAUCUAUUUCUGAUAGUGGAUGCCUCUCGCUCAAUGGCUGACAAGGACUUGAAACCUGACAGAAUUCGCUGCACUCUCAAGAUAGUUGAAAAUUUCUUGGCUGAGUUCUUCGACCAGAAUCCAAUAUCUCAAGUCGGUCUUAUUAUAACCAGAGACGGGAGGGCUGAAAAACUACUCGAGCUCAAUGGCAACUCCCGUGUUCUCAUGGAAGCCCUCAAGAGACCUCCCUCCUGCUCUGGUGAUCCCUCCAUACAGAACUCACUAGAGAUGACUAUGAGAGCUCUCAAGCACGUGCCCAACCAUGCCAGCAAGGAAGCAGUCAUUAUAAUGGGCUCCAUCGCCUCAUGUGAUCCCGGGAACAUUUUCAGCACCAUAGAUGAGCUUGUGAAGCAGUCUAUACGAUGCUGCAUUGUGGGUCUCUCUGCUGAAGUGCGUCUCUGCAAGACCAUCUCUCAGAAAACACAAGGUACUUAUCAGGUCAUAACUGAUGAGAUCCACUUUAGAGACAUUAUGCUGCAGCACUGUAGACCUCCACCAGCCAAGGCCAAUGCUGAGGCUACGAUGAUUAAGAUGGGUUUUCCCAAGCAUCUUGUGAAUGGACCUAUGGCUGCCUGUCUGUGUCAUUUGGAUCAGCGCUCCAUUGAUCAUGUGACCACGUCCGGCUACUUCUGUCCUCGGUGUAGCAGCAAGUACUGUGAACUGCCAGUCAUGUGCAAAGUUUGCGGGCUGACGUUGGUGCUGGCCCCCCACCUGGCUCGUUCCUACCAUCACCUCUUCCCCCUGCCCAUGUUCAGAGAGACAGUACUCACAGAAAAGCUCAGUUGCACUGGAUGUCAAGUGAUUGUCAGCAACAAGGGGUACAAGUGUCCGGAGUGUGAACAGCUGUUCUGUAUCGACUGUGACCUCUAUGUGCACGAGACGCUUCACAACUGCCCUGGUUGUGUGAGCAGUGUCAAAGUUCAGGACACAACUAUAAUAUCAUAACUUUCAUUGUUGUAUUUAUAUUAGUCAUUUUCAACAUGGUAUACAAAUUGUUUGUUGUUUGCAA